AGAGGCGGCUCCGGCGCGUUCCCGUCGGGCUUCUCUUCCGGCCCCGCCCCUCCCAGCUGCUAUGACAACGAGUCCGCGCCCCGCGCACCGCUGCUGCUCGGGCGGGACCCAGGCUGGACCGCGGGCCCCGGCCUGGGGGCCACAGCCGUCACCGCCGCCGCCACCUCGUCUCCUCCCCGUCCCAGCCCCGCCCUGCGUCUCCUCGCUUCCCUCGGGUCCGCGGCCGGGGUCUGUCCCCGCCGCCCCAACCCCGCCCGGAUGCCGAAGGUGAAGGCGCUGCAAUGCGCCCUGGCGCUGGAGAUCCGCUCUGUAACUUGCCCAGGAGUGGUGCUGAAAGACAAGGAGGACAUCUAUCUUAGCAUCUGUGUGUUUGGCCAAUACAAAAAGACACAAUGUGUCCCAGCCAAUUUUCCAUUGGUCUUCAAUGCCAGAAUGGUGUUUGAAAAGGUGUUCCCUGAAGCAGUGGACCCUGGAGAUGUGGUUGCACAGCUUGAAUUUCUGGAAGCUGGAAAAUCCCAGAUCAAGGAGUCAGCAGAUUUGGUGAGGGUCCGCUUUCAGUUCAUAGAUGACCAUCUUCUCUCUGUUUCCUCAUGUGGCAGAAAGGAUGAUACAGCAUUGUUUGAGUUGAUUCAGCUAGUUCCACCAGUGGGUGAAACAUUGUCUACAUAUGAUGAGAAUACACGAGAUUUCAUGUUCCCGGGUCCAAAUCAAAUUUCUGGACACCAUGAUUCAAACCGCCAGGUUACCAUGAGGAGGAUUUCUGGCCUUCGAGGAAUUGCUCCAAAGCUGGAAUUUUCUACAACCUCAGUGAUUACUGAAUGUCUGAUAAGUUCAAGGAAGUGCCGCACUCAGGAUAAAUUUAUUUACCAUACGGCUCCAGUUGAAAAACCACACGGCAGACUGCAAAACAGAACAUCGAGGUCACAAAAGAAAAAAUCCAAGUCACCUGAGAGGAAUAAGUAUUGCAUAAAUGCAAAAAACUACGAACAGCCUACAAUUUCUUCAAAAUCACACUCUCCAUCUCCCUACACAAAAAGACGCAUGUGUGAGCUAUCAGAAGACACCAGGCGGCGGCUGGCCCAUUUAAAUCUCGGCCCUUAUGAAUUCAAAAAAGAAACAGAUAAACCUCCAUUUGUGAUUAGACAUGUCGAUCCCCCAAGUCCCAGGGCCGAUGCUCUAUUUGGAUCUCCUGGCAGAGACUGUGAAAGAGAUGGAUGGUCCAGGCUGCACAAUGAUCAUUCUCAUCUUGGCUGCUAUCGACCCAAGGAUUAUAAGGUCAUCAGAACACCUCAUGGGAGAGACUUCGAUGAGUCUUUGGAAAGGUGCGAAGACUACUUGAGUUCAAGGUCAUGCAGCAAGCCCCAGCAUUCAGCCAGGACCUUACUUGUUCAUUCAGCACCCUCUACCAUGCCGAAGCAUUCUCCAAGCCCUGUGUUAAAUCGAGCUUCUCUCAGGGAAAGGUUCCAUUCUGAUUGGUGUUCACCUUCCAACUGUGAUGAGAUCCAUGACCGGGUAAAGAAUGUCUUGAAAUCACAUCAGGCUCAUCAAAGACAUUUAUAUGAUGAGCGAGACCCAGAGAAAGAAGAUGAACUGGACCUGAAAAGAGGUCUUUUAUAUAGAGACUCUGCCUAUGACAGUGACCCAGAGUAUAGCUCAUUUCAACGGCCACGUGGCACUCUCCAUUUGGAUGAUGGUGAAUACUGGUCCAACAGGGCAGCCUCUUAUAAAGGAAAAUCCCACCGACCCAUCUUUGAGAACAGCAUGGACAAGAUAUACAGGAACUUAUACAAAAAGGCCUGUAGUUCUGUUUCUCGUACACAGGAAAGCUUCUGAGAUCAGCCGCGAUAAACUGUAUGAGUGUCCUUGUCAACUUCUCAAUGAAAAUGUUUGAUGUGAUCAAUA